AGCUUCAAACCACCUUUUGCUAUAAACAGCGAGACAUUCGAGUUUACUCCUCGUAUCCAGAAACUCAAUGAAGUUGAAGCUAUAGUAAGGGAGCGACAGGUAGUUAAAAGUUUGGGUGGUGCCGAAACGGUGACAUCCAAAAAACAGUGGACACAAGCUUCGCGAAAAGUGAAUGUUCGAAGCAAUCAUGGGAUUUCGAAUCUUAAGGCUUACUAUAUCAAGUUUGUGCAACCUUUUGUGAACGUGCUAGAGAACACACCACCUGUUGAGGAAGAGCCUCAAAGUGACACGGACACGAAACGUGAAGAGGAUUGUCAGCCGACUAUGCAGGGAAGAAGAAGAGCUGCGCGGCCGAAAGGAAGAAUGAUGGCAGGACUUCCACAACCUAAGAGGAGCAAAGUCACCUCACAGAAAAAGAAAUCUGAUCCCAUGGAGAGUGUUUACUGUAGUGUCUGUGGAAGUGGCGAUGAUGAAGAUCGUCUGUUGCUGUGCGAAGAUUGUGACAAAAGCAUUCAUACCCAUUGCUGCGAUCCACCAUUGGCUGGAGUCCCUAAGGGCGAGUGGCGAUGUCCGACUUGUGUUGCCAAAGAAGUUUCCAAAAUUGGUCUUAACUACGGUUUCUACGACGCCCACGUCAAGUAUAAUCUUUUCACUUUCGCGGAGUAUGCUAAUAAGUUCAAAACUGACUACUUCAAUGUGAAAGAACCUGAGGAUGUACCAGAUGACGCGGUAGAACGUGAGUUCUGGCGUAUUGUUUUUGACACUGAAGAAACGGUUGCGGUCAAGUAUGGUGCUGAUCUUAUAACUAGCAAAGUAGGGAGCGGAUUUCCUCGAAAAGGGGAUGACCAUCGAGGCAUCGAUGCAAAACAGAAGCAGUUGUAUGCGAAUCAUGCGUGGAAUCUAAAUAAUCUUCCAGUCCUAAAAGAAUCCGUCCUCUCACACAUUGAGACAGGCAUCUCCGGUAACGAGCAACAUGCAGAAAGAAAAUAUCCACCCAAUGGACCACUGCAAGUGAAUCCAAGCUCGUACUGGAUCUCGUAUAGCGAGAAGUUAAAAUAUUGGACGAUUGCAAAGCGAGAGACUCAGAACAGAACAAGGGCCGUACAAAAUGGUGUGUCAUUAUCGCAGCGAGAGACUUUCGAGAUCAUUGCGGAUGAUGCUCGCGUUUGCAGAUACUGCAACACAACCGUGUUCCUCUCCGCUUUGUCUUGCGCGCACGGGAAAACAGUGUGCCUCGAUCAUAUUGAGCACCUAUGUAGUAAAUGCCCUCCUUCAGAAUGUAUCUUGAAGUAUCGUUACACCGUGGAAGAACUCGGUGAAAUCGUCCAUAAGUUGGAAGAGCGCACAACUCUUUAUUUUGAUUGGAAAGAGCAAGUCGACAAUUUACUGAACGAUUCCCGCAGCAAACCAUCAUUGAACGCCGUGGAAACCCUUUUGGAAACUGCGCGACAUAAACGAUUCCCGCACACAAGUCCUCCUGCUCAGACUUCAAGACAUUACGAAAACGUAGUUAAAACGCGAAUACAAAGGGCGGAUACUCGUAUAGAUUUGGCGGGCAUUCAUGACUUUAUUGAAGAGUUGCAGAGCCUCCCUUGUGAUCAGCAGAGUCUCGUUCAUGAGCUUGAGGAUCUUGUCAAAAGGAUAGAGGCCUGGCGAAAUGAGGCGAAUGAGGCCAUUAGCAAAUGUGCAAGUGAUGACGCAGCCCUUACGAGUACAGAUUUACGAACACUUGUUGAACGUGGGGAGGACUUUGACGUCCGUUUAGACGAGAUAGACCAGCUUUGGCGGACAAUCGAACUACGGGAGUGGAACGAUAAUGCUAAGCACAUCUUGGAAUGGACUACAACUGAGGGCAUUGAAGAGAGCGAUGAUUUUUUGUCGCUCAAGCGGUGGAAGCCUGAUGAAGUGUUACGUUUGGUAUCUGAUGGAGCUCGACUGUUUCCAAAUGGAGGUCCUACUUCACCAGUGAAUUGCCUCCAUUCUCUCUUCAAAAGUGCUCUCCUAGCAGAGUCAAAGGUUCUACUCAAAAAGGAGGCUAUGGCCUCAAAAUGGACCGCUACUGCUCAUGCUUCUGGUCGAGCCCUUUCUAUUACUGAAAAGCCCCAAGCAAAAUCCUGCUUCGGUGAAUCCAGUAUUUCAGUGAUGGGCAAAAUGCGCGAGGAAGUGGUACGACUGUAUACUGUUCAACAGCGAGCACAACAGAAGGAAGUGUCCUUGAAUGAAACCAUGGAUCUUGUGAAAGAAUGUGAAAACUCGAAAUUUCUUACCAACUCUGGCUUGUACGACAAUUUGCUCGAUGUGAAGGAUAGUUUGCUCAACUUCACUCAACGUCUAGUAAACUUGUUCCAAAAACCGGCAUCAUAUUAUAAUCUUGUUGAGAUAAUUCGCGAUCGCGGCGACCUUGCAUCUUUGGUAGAAGGGCAAUCACUUCCGCGUUAUUUGAAUGAUGAUUUAGCACCAGAGGAGCAAUGGCUGCAGUUGGGUGAGUUUGGCAGUUCAGAAGAGAUGAAACAACACCUGUGCUCAUUGAGAGCGCAGUUUCGAGCUCUUAUUGGCUCUCUGCAGCUAGUUAAUGCGCAGCGAACUGUUGCUGAGACCUGUGUUUGCGCAAGUGCUGGCCAUCCUGACGCGGAUCUUUUAGUUUGCAUUCUGUGUCGUGCAAAAUACCAUGGCACAUGCUGUGAAUGGGACCCCUUCCUAGAUCGCCUGCCCGAAUGUGCGUAUCUUUGCGUAAGAUGUCUUCGCGGCCGAAGGCCGUGCAUCGAGGACGUCCAGGCCGCGUGUAAUCUAGCUCCCCAGAAUUCAUUAGAGGUUGCACUUGUCCGGGAUUUGAUUUGCCGAGGACGUGAGUUAUCUUCGAAUGCGAUGUCUGUGCUCUCAACUAUUGGUGACGAUGAUGCAUUGAGUAUUGAACUCGAAGAGAAACUUACAAUACUAUGCAUUAUGUGCCGCUUUUUCAGAGCUCAAACAGCCGUGGAAUCAGUUUUGGCAUGCGAAAUUCUCGACAUGGACAUUCUGCCCAAAGUUGUUUCUGUCAUUCAGAAGACUUGCUCAGAUAUCCUAGAGCAUCAGAGGAGCGCGUGGGUGGAAAUGAGGAGCCGGCCGACACGUUCAUCUCCAUUGCCGUCCCUUUUCGUUCGAUUAAAACGCGGAAAACGAAACUCUGGAAAGCACACGGCCAAAAAGGAACGUAAGAAGUCACGAGUCGUUUACCAUCAGGACGACGAACAGUGCUCCGCCGACACUUGUCUUAAACCGUACGGUGAAACCGUGGGAUGGAUUUUGUGCGAAGCAGGCUGCGCUCGUUGGUAUCAUUACGUCUGCAUUGGUAUGACAGCCGAAAGUGCCAAAUCCUUGCCAGCCUACAUUUGCUACCGCUGCAGCAGUACUGUGCAACAAAUUGCACAACAUCCAGUGGCUGUAUAA